CCCAGGAAGAGACUGCUACAUUGUAUUCACAGAGAAAGACUGCUACAUCGCAUCCAUAGAGAUAGACUUCUACACUGUCUACAGAGACAGAGGCUGACACGUUGUAUCCAGAGAGAGACAGAGAAAGAGAGACAACACAGCACAGAAUCAGGAUUAUUAUACAGCACUGCCUGGGAUAUACCACGCGGGGGCGCCAUGGAGUCUGGGGGCAAGAUGACGUGGCAGUUGAUGAUUGCUGUGAGUGUCGCUGUCCUUGGAUCCUUACAGUUUGGUUACAACACUGGAGUCAUCAAUGCACCACAGAAGGUCAUUGAGAAGUUUUACAAUGAGACGUGGUUAACGCGGUAUGGGGAGCCAAUCCAAGAAGCCAGCCUGACCUCCCUGUGGUCCUUGUCUGUGGCCAUCUUCUCAGUCGGUGGCAUGAUUGGCUCAUUUUCUGUUGGUCUUUUUGUCAACAGAUUUGGCAGGCGUAAUUCCAUGUUGAUGGCCAACAUCCUCGCUUUUAUUGCUGCUAUUUUUAUGGGCUUUUCCAAGAUGGCAUACUCAUUUGAGAUGCUGAUUAUUGGCCGGUUUAUAAUUGGUCUCUACAGUGGUCUUACUACUGGAUUUGUGCCUAUGUAUGUCGGUGAAGUGGCCCCUACAUCUCUUCGUGGGGCCCUGGGAACACUGCACCAGCUGGGAGUUGUGGUUGGAAUCCUCAUAGCUCAAAUAUUCGGAUUGGAACCAAUCAUGGGUAAUGACAGUUUAUGGCCACUUCUUCUCGGCUGCAUCUUUGUACCUGCCCUUGUGCAAUCAGCAGCACUACCGUUCUGUCCUGAAAGUCCUCGAUUUUUGCUCAUCAAUCGUAAUGAAGAAGACAAAGCCAAAAGUGUCCUGAAAAAACUUCGUGGCACCACAGAUGUAACCGCUGACCUUCAAGAGAUGAAAGAAGAGAGUCGUCAGAUGAUGAGGGAGAAGAAGGUCACUAUAUUUGAGCUGUUCCGCUCACCUCUGUAUCGUCAGCCAAUUUAUAUUGCUAUUGUUCUACAGCUGUCUCAACAACUCUCUGGAAUUAAUGCGGUUUUCUACUACUCUACUAUGAUAUUCGAAAAAGCCCAGGUUCAGCAGCCAAUUUACGCCACCAUUGGUGCCGGAAUUGUCAACACAGCAUUUACUGUUGUUUCGCUGUUUGUGGUUGAGCGGGCUGGACGACGUACCCUUCAUCUUAUUGGAUUGGGUGGCAUGGCUGGAUGUGCUAUAUUGAUGACUGUCGCUCUUGUAUUACUGGAGCGUGUGCCAGAGAUGUCCUACCUCAGCAUUGUGGCCAUUUUUGGUUUUGUGGCAUUCUUUGAAGUUGGACCAGGACCAAUCCCUUGGUUCAUUGUCGCUGAGCUUUUCAGUCAGGGUCCUCGUCCUGCGGCUAUUGCAGUUGCUGGCCUUUCCAACUGGACUUCCAACUUUAUUGUGGGAAUGGGCUUUCAGUAUGUAGAGAAACUCUGUGGCGCCUAUGUCUUCGUUAUCUUUACAGUCCUUCUCAUCUUCUUCUUCAUCUUUACAUUCUUCAAAGUGCCUGAGACAAAGGGCCGCACCUUUGAUGAGAUUGCUUCUGACUUCAGGCAGGGCGGGGAGAGAAAUCCUGACAAGCACAAUUCUCCAGAAGAAUUCCACAGUCUGGGAGAUUCCCAAGUGUAACCGCGCACCUUUAAUACCUACCUCUUGUCACUUCCCUCUCCUUCUCUGCCCAUGUCCAUUCUGCUGGUGCAGGGGGACUUAGGGUGAGGACAGGGAGAGGGAAGAGGUCGCUCUGUCUAAAUUUUGUUGGGCAUAAUAAUAAUGCCUCUUCCUGAUGUUUUCCCACUACCUCAGGGAGGCACUGCUAGGCAGCAAACCAUUUCCAAACACCGCUCGCUGCAUUUCAAACCUUCUUGAAUAACCACAGGGUAGCUGUUCAUACUCUAGUGUUUCUUUGCAGGUUUCUUACUUGUAUGUGGAGAGAUGAAGGAUGGAAGCUCUUUUUUUUUUAAAUAUAUAAAUACUUAAAUAUGAUUUCCUUUUUAUAAUAGAUUAUUUUAUAAUCAGCGUGAGCUUUCAGACCUACAACGCUAAGCGAGCAGAGGUGUGUUCAUCAAACCCAUCAUGGACUCUUGUUUACAUACUGUAUUUUUUUUUUUUAAAUCUUUUCUGUGACUGUAGAGGAGAGGAGAAGCAUAGAGGCUGCAGAGAAUAAUAACACUAUAUGGUGGCAUUACUGGUUAUGGAGUAGAGGCUGCAGAGAGUAUAGACACAUGGAGGAAGAGGCUGCAGCAAGUACAAACACAUAGAGAAAGAUCUUAAAUUAGAAUAUGAGAGUUCUCAAUGUUUGUGCCUUCAGAUGAUGUAAGAAACAAUAUAGACUAUUAGAGGCGCUCUAUGUGUAUAGUCGCUGUCUUACUACACAUGUCUGACCUUCUUGUUUUUUGCCCAUUCUUCAAGUCUCCAGUGCCUGUACUGACUUCCAGAUUUCACUUCCAUUAGAUUAUUUUACUCUAGAAUCAGGUUUUUCAGCUGACACCUAUGUGCAAAUUCACAUGGUACAGGUUGUAUAACCUUUUUGCCAUUCCAGUUGUGUUUCAUCAUUGCACAGGCUGUUAGGUACACAGUAUUCUUUAUCGUGGCAAUUAAUAGGGCUAUUUAUGUUAGAACUAAACAGCAGACAGAAUGAUGAUCCCAUUCACCUGGUCCUAGAAGUUGAAGCUGGAACAGACCCUCAUUUGAAAUGCACUGAUUAUUCUUCUACACACUGUUGGGCGAGGUUACCCAGCACUGAGAAAGACAGCAAGGGGUAAGCUUCGGGGAUAAUGACAGCAGCACUGAUGAUGUUACAAAGGCUGUGACCCCGCUGUGGGUGUUCCAUGACUCCAGCUUUACAGUGACCAUGAUCAGUCCAGAUAUAGGCUGGACAGGUAGAGAAUUCGCCUUAACCGUAUGCUUGCGUUUCUUCCUAAUAGCGGUCGAAGAUGAAGCAUUUUAUCUCACGCAGCUUCAGACUCUCUUCCCCAUCUACCCACAGAGACACAUUUCUUUGUAUAGUUUUACAGAUAUAUCGUUACUGUAUGUAUUGUAGUUACACCGUGGGUUUUGCACAGUAGCUUAUGAUACGUAUAGGUCAAUUUUUUUUUAGCUGCAAUGUUAGUGUAAAGCAUUUUAUUGUCUAGAAGAUACUUUUAAAUUAAUUUUUUAUUUGAUUUCCACCAUAGACUUUGUUUUGU